AUGGCGGCCGCUCCUCCCAUCUUCAGAUCCUCAUUUCUCUCAACUCAGCCUCCGUCCCAUGCCCACCCCACCAUCCGCGCCGCCCCAAAUGCCACCUUCACCGUCCGCGCCGCCGACACUUCCUCCGACAACCCCUCCGCCGCCGCGGCGCCGCUCAAGCAUCGCCGCCCGGCGGACGAGAACAUCCGCGACGAGGCCCGUCGCUACGCCUCGUCGUCUCACGGGUUCUCCGCCAAGUACGUCCCCUUCAACGCCGAUCCAUCCUCCACUGAAUCAUACUCCCUCGACGAGAUCGUCUACCGCAGCCGCUCCGGCGGUCUCCUCGACGUCCAGCACGACAUGGACGCGCUGCGCAAGUUCGACGGCGAGUACUGGCGCUCCCUCUUCGACUCGCGCGUGGGCAGGACCAACUGGCCUUACGGGUCCGGCGUCUGGUCCAAAAAGGAGUGGGUCCUGCCCGAGAUCGACGGCGACGACAUUGUCAGCGCCUUCGAGGGGAACUCCAACCUUUUCUGGGCCGAGCGUUUUGGCAAGCAGUUUCUAGGCAUGAACGAUUUGUGGGUGAAACACUGCGGGAUUAGCCACACCGGCAGCUUCAAGGACCUGGGUAUGACCGUCUUGGUGAGCCAGGUCAACCGGCUCCGUAAAAUGAACCGUCCGGUGGUGGGCGUUGGCUGUGCCUCCACUGGUGACACUUCUGCCGCCUUAUCUGCCUACUGUGCGUCCGCCGGAAUCCCGUCCAUUGUUUUCCUGCCAGCCAAUAGGAUCUCUAUUGCUCAGCUUGUUCAGCCAAUUGCAAAUGGGGCAUUUGUUUUGAGCAUUGAUACUGAUUUCGAUGGCUGUAUGCAGUUGAUUCGCGAGGUCACAGCCGAGCUGCCUAUUUACCUGGCCAAUUCAUUGAACAGCUUGAGGCUCGAGGGCCAGAAAACCGCCGCCAUUGAAAUUCUGCAGCAGUUUGACUGGCAGGUGCCGGAUUGGGUGAUUGUUCCAGGUGGAAAUCUAGGCAACAUAUACGCCUUCUACAAAGGCUUUCACAUGUGCAAGGAGCUUGGGCUCGUGGAUAGGAUCCCAAGGCUCGUGUGUGCGCAGGCUGCAAAUGCUAAUCCCCUUUACUUGUAUUACAAAUCGGGUUGGAAGGACUUUAAGGCCGUUAAGGCUGGAACAACUUUUGCCUCGGCAAUUCAGAUUGGGGACCCAGUUUCUAUUGAUAGGGCCGUUUAUGCCUUGAAAAAUUCAAAUGGGAUUGUUGAGGAGGCAACUGAGGAGGAGUUGAUGGAUGCCAUGGCACAGGCGGAUUCUACCGGGAUGUUUAUCUGUCCCCACACUGGUGUGGCUUUGACUGCUUUGAUUAAGUUGAGGAACAGUGGGAUUAUUGGGCCAACAGAUAGGACUGUGGUGGUGAGUACGGCUCACGGGCUGAAGUUUACUCAGUCCAAGAUUGAUUAUCAUUCAGGGGAGAUUAAGGACAUUUCUUGUCGGUAUGCGAACCCGCCCGUGCAGGUGAAGGCGGAUUUCGGGUCGGUUAUGGAUGUCUUGAAGAAGUAUCUACUCAGCAAGGAUUCUUGA